GGAGUGAAGACAUAACCUUAUCACUUUCUGCUAAGUUUUACCCUUUGAUAUCAAUAUAAUAAUAAAUAUCAAUAUAGGUUUUAUCAUUGUAUCUUAAAUAAUCGAUUUACAUACUGUGUCAGUCAUACUAACAAGAAAUGGAUUAUCUGAAAAACAAAUGUCCAGUCUGCAACAAGCACUUCUGUUGUUCUUCACAUCGAUCUGACCACGAACUCAAAAAUCAUCCAGAAAUAUAUCCCAAGUUAAAGGAAGAUUUUUUGGCUAAAAUGUUCAGACGAAGAGGUGAAAAUAUUUUCAUCAAAACUCAAAACCAUAACACUGUGAAGCAAGUACUGGUAAGUGAAAGUAAAGAUGAUAAUAACACAAAUGAGAAGCAUUACAACAAAUUACCCUCUAAAAACCCAAGAAAACGUGUAUAUCGGGAAAUCUACAAGAACUUUGCAUCAAAAUCUGUUGCAUUGUCAGAGACAAGAAAGAUUUUGGUUCCAGUUCAUAGAAUUUCUGAAAAUUGCCACUUAACUGUAACCAAGCAAAAAAUACAAAACUACAAAACAAAAACACUUGAUGGUUCGCUUGAUAGGUCUCCUUAUUUAGGUAAUGUAGUCAAAACCAGUACUCCUAUUAUAGAAAGCUUUUCGAAAGAUAAAACAUCAACUUCUAAGUGGGAUUACAUAUCCCCUGCAUCUACGAUAUCUUCCUAUGGGACUCCUCACAUGUCUGUGGACUUCAAGUCAGAAGGAAGACCUUCACUAUGGCCUCAGACAAACAAAACAUCAGUCACUCCUCUCCGAAGUAUAAUGGCUAAAAGUACCAAGUACUUACUGGACAGUGAAAUGGGCCCCAGUCCUAGUUUCAACAACUCUAAAGGUCGUAGAGUCACAUUUUCUUUCUCCAGCAGCAGAGUUUCUAGCACCAACAGCAGCCCUUUGGAAUCAGUCCAGGAAAUUGAAAUCCAUGAGGAAAUUCAAGAUGAAGAAAAAGAGGUUAUCACGUCUAUGUCUUCAGUUCAGAGUAUGAGAAAAAGAAAGGUUUCUGCAGGGGGUUUGGACGAAAACAACUAUGUUUUCGAAGUGACCUCUAGGAUAAACAGUAGUGUGCAAAGUAGUGACGCAUGCAAUGAAAAUUAUUUAAAUAUGCAGAAAUACAAUGAGGACUCAUUAGCGUCAAUGAAUGUUGGUCUUUUUAGUUGUGUGACAAACAUGAUUUUUUCAGCUGUUCAGACAUUUCCUUUGUGGAGAGGAUCAUACAACGGAAAUAGAUCAAAACGGUCAAGAAGUCCAAACAGGGAGGCUGAUAACACGGUUAUUGUUCACAGUCCUCUUCCCAAACGUUUUUGCUAUCAGAGUGAUUUGCGCCUGAACCCAAUCAGAGCUAGAAAACCAAUAUCAAAAACUGAAUAGUAACACUGAUAAUACUGGAUAGUAUUUAUUAAUGUAAAUUUAGCAGCCCCUAACAAAAUAAUAGUUAAAUUAUUCAUUGGGAGCUGUCAGUUUAACAAGCUUUCAGCUUGUCCAUGCAUGAACAGACUGACAAUCAUAAAUGAUUGUAAACUUUUCAUUAAACAUUCAAGUGAUGUUUAAAGCACUGUGUACUAAUAGCCUAGGCCAAUAAAAGAAUUGAUUAUAUAGAUUGAUA